CACCGGUGCCGGCGGCGCCCUUCACCACCAGCGAUUGCGACAUACGUGGUCCUGUGACACCCUCUCGGCGCGAUCCCUGCACUGAAUCGCGCCGCCGCAGUCCGGAUCGAAGCCGCCGCCGCAAACCCUAGCCGUCGCCGCUCGUUUCCUCUCCGACAUCGACAUCGACAUCGGCGACGGCGGCCCGGAGGAGAGAUCUAGGGCCGCGCUGCGUAGGCCGGAUUUCCAAAUGAUCACGGAGAAGAGUUAGGCUACAAGGCACCAGGGCAUGUCACCCCCUCUUCAAUUUGUUGAAGUUUUGAUUUAUGAGGCCGUCAUGCUACUGUAGUUGAGUUCUGAUCCCUGCAACUGCUGAAUUUGUAAUAAGUAGGAUGUCUGCAAAGGUGUCAAGGCUUCCGGAAGUUAAUUCUGCUAGGAUGGCUGAUUGGGCUAAUCUUCAGACUGAUAUUGUUGGUUCAAUUGUAAGGAAGCUUGCCAUCCCUGACUAUAUCAGAUUCCGCGCAGUAUGCACGUCGUGGAACCGUGUCUGUGUCUGCAGGGAUGUAUCCAAUGAUCCAAGGGUAGACCCAUGGCUGAUGCUCCCCACAAAGACGCUUGAGGAUGCUAAAUUUUUCAGUAUACCUGAAAGAAAGAAUGAAACCAUCCGUAUCCUGAGUACUGCCACGAUCUUUGGCUCCGUGUGGACUCCUGUUGGUUCUUCCCAUGGCUGGCUUGUCUUCUUCAACCUGAACCAGGGAACCAUCCAGUUGGUUAAUCCCAUCAGCGGCGGUCAGUUCGAACUGCCCCCACUCGGACGCGAGCACUUCUCCAAGGCGGUGUUGCUUGACAUGAGUGAGAGCAACUUCAGUGUUGCUAUUGUCUAUGGCAAUCGAAAAGGAUAUAAGGUGACACGCAAAGGAAGCAGAAGCUGGUCAUUUGUUGAUUCCAAACAUAUCCUAAUUGAUAUUUUCAAGCACAGAAGGCAACUUUACACCAUCGACAUAUAUGGCACUAUCGAGGUGUGGGCAGAGCCACCCCGUUCAUGGCCGGAUGCAGACGGCCCGCUUGUUGAUCCAUAUAUGCAUCCUAGCCUCGCCCAGCGGAAAUUUAACUGUCUGGUGGAGACCCCAGCUGGUGAUCUCGUGAAGGUUAAGCGCCAAUCUCAGAACAAGUUUGCGGCGUGGAUCCUGAACAGAGAGACAUCUUCAUUCGAGAGGACCGAAGACAUUGGGGAGUUCGCUUUGUUCGUCAGCCACCACAACUCGUUCUGUUUCCCGACCAAGGACCAUCUGAGCCUCAAGGCGAACUGCGUCUACUUCAUCGACAACUACAAGAACCUGUGUGCGUUCAACCUCGAGCAUGGGACCAAGGAGCUCAUACAAGGCCUCGAAACUCCGGCGCUCCCACGACAGGACGCAUUCUUAUGGUUCAUACCUUCACUGAAAUGAGGUAGAAGCAGCCGUGUGCCUAUAUCCUAUAGUUGAUCGCUAAAUCCCUGAAUUUCCCUAACUAAGUAAUGAACGUAUUCGUGGCACUUUUGUGGCAGAACCAGCUGCCUGAAGUUUGAACAGCUCGUUGGUUGCAUGCUCGCUGUAUAUGCAGUUUGUGUUUUCAGAUAAA